CCCGCUAUCUGGGGCGUGGCGAAAAUGGCCGCGCGGGAGGGCCGAGGCGGGGCGGGCUUAGUGCGCAGGCGUGUGGUGGCCGGGGCCGGCGGUCCGCGUUGACAGCUGCCCGCAUUGACAGCGGCAGAGGGGCGGCCCCGACUGGGAGCAGGUUCCUGCAAGAUAUUUGCAAACCGAUCCAAAAUUUGAAGGGAAAGAUGAAAGUGGUAAAUAGCCAGUUGGAUCCAUGCACAUCACUGUGGCGAAGACUCCAGAUUCCUCGGUCCAAGCCAGCAAGGCCUUGCAGCCUCUCCACCUGCACUUACCCACCCAGAAGCAAGCCCAAUAAAUUGGAGCUCUGUGAGAUGAGGUCCUUUCUGGCCAGAGCACACAACUAGCAGGUAGAGAACUGGACUGAACGUCUGGGGACACACUGCACAAGUCUCCCACACCUCCUGCCUUGGUCCACUCCGGAAACUUUCAGGGACCCCAGGGCCUCAGUCUGGAACAGGACUGUAUGAAGACUGAAAAUUAUCUCCACAAGAACCAAAUGGUAAAAGAAUGGCGCUCACCUCUCCUUACUCAUAAAGAGUAAAAUCAUCGUAUUUUUCUCUAAAGGAUCGUCCGAGUGCGUUGUGUUCAUUUUCACAAUGCUGAGAGUUCCCUCCUGACCAUAUUCUGUUAACUACCCUCCCCCCCUUAAACGCCAAGUACAGAGCCAAGCACCCCAUGGCCCCCGCACCCAGAACCACGCAGCUGGCAACAGCCUGGCAGCUGGAGGCCCCAGCGCCGAGAGCAGGUGUGUCCAGUGCGGACGCCGAGUCGCCGCGUCGCGAGCGGGGCUGGCGCGUGGGGGCCCCGAGGCACAGUCGCCACUGACGUGUCGGCACCCACGCGCUCCGUUGCCUGGCACCCAGCGGGCACCCCGGCCUUCGAGACGCCCAGCGCCACCCCGGAAGCGCCGCCAACAUGGGCAACUGCCUGAGCACACAGGUGGGCAGCUACCUGGGCACCGCCUCGGCCGCACUGACGCCCUCCGCCUGGGCACUGUGGAGCCCGGAGAGCCGCCCCCAGGCCUGCCAGGCCCAGCCGGGGGUCCCGGGGCCACCCCCCGACGCCAGCCCGCACCCCGAUGCCCCGGCCGCCGAUGGCCCGGCCCAGGAGGGCGAGCGCGACAUCCAGCUGGCCGGGCCCUGCAGGAGCCCCGAGGUGCUGGGAGCCACCUGGCCGCGCCCGAAGCGCACACUGAAGCCCAAGCCGCGGCCCGGCCAGGCGCCGCAACCCCCGCGCUCCCGCAACCAGCGGAGCCUGUGGGUCACCCCGCGGCUGCGGGGGCGCCUGCCUUCCGUCUGGCGCCGACGCCCCGACCCCCAGGCCAGGCUCUCCCACUGGGCGCUGCGCUGGCGAGCCAGGGCCAAGAUGAGGCUGGACGCUCUCCUGGAGCUCGACGGGCUCCCACCCGACCCCAGCCGGGCGCUCAGGCGCCCCUUCACCCGCGCGUCCGCCUUCCAGCCCGUGUGGACGCGGGACGGGCACGGCCCGAACGCCAGGCCCUUUGUGCCUUGCCCAGGGCCCCUGAUGACGGCCUCGGAGCGCCAGGACCUCGGCCCGCCCGCCAGCAUCCCGGCCCGCCGCCCCACGGCCCCCAGGCCCCAGACCCCGCCGCCCCUGCCCACACCGCCCGCCACGAGCCCCGCACCCCGAGACUCCGGGGACUCCGGGGACUCCGGCUCACGCCCUGCCUGA